AUGGGCUUUGAAAUCAAAAGAUUUCAAGGUGACGUCGACGAAGAACUAAUUUGUCCCAUUUGCUCAGGAGUGUUAGAAGAUCCCUUGCAGGCACCUACAUGUGAACAUGCGUUUUGCCGUGGUUGCAUUACACAGUGGAUAAGUCGUCAGCCAAAGUGCCCAGUGGACCGGCAGGCUGUCACUGCCAGUCAACUGAUACCAGUUCCAAGAAUCCUACGUAACCUACUUUCAAGACUUUGUACAAGCUGUGACAAUGCACCACAUGGUUGCAGUGCUGUUUUAAAACUGGACUCUCUUGCAUCACACUUAGUGGAAUGUGAAUUUAAUCCAAAGAGACCAAUGCCUUGUGAAACAGGGUGUGGAUUGGUUAUACCCAAAGAUGAAUUAGCUGAACACAAUUGUGUGAGAGAACUCCGAGCUCUUAUAACAUCACAGCAGGAAAAGCUAACAGAUUAUCAGCAAGAACUUGCUGAACAAAGACUUAUUAUAAAUGAACAUAAACGAGAGCUUGCUUUGUUAAAGGAUUUUAUGCGAGCGAUGCGCGUAACGAAUCCCACAAUGCGUGCACUUGCUGACCAAAUGGAACGUGAAGAAGUGGUCCGCUGGGCCAACUCCCUAUCACGAGCAAAGGUCACCCGUUGGGGUGGGAUGAUAUCUACACCAGAUGACGUCCUGCAGGUGAUGAUGAUAAAGAGAAGUUUAUCUGAAUCAGGAUGUCCACCCCACAUAAUCGAUGAUCUGAUGGAAAACUGCCAUGAACGAAGGUGGCCACCUGGCCUAUCCUCAUUAGAAACUAGACAAAAUAAUAGAAGAUUGUAUGAUAAGUACGUUUGCAAAAGAGUCCCUGGAAAGCAAGCAGUGCUAGUGCUACAUUGUGAUAAUACUCAUGUUGAUGAACACAUGAUGAUUGAGCCUGGUCUUGUCAUGAUAUUUGCUCAUGGUAUUGAAUAG